AUGGAGUCGAUCAACACUGAGCAACAGACCCCCACCGGUGAGGAUGGAAGCGUUUCCCCACCUGAGCCACCUCCGACUUCAGUAGUCAUGGAUCCGACCCUUCUAAUGGCUGCGAGCAUGGGUCACUGUGAGGCGCUAAAAACUCUCCUGAAUUGGGGAGAUGCGCCUGUCUGGCCAAAGGCUCCUCAGAUCAUCGUCCAGGUCCCCGUUGAUGGGGAUGCCCUCGACCUUAGCAUCACUAACAGAAGCUUGGACACGCAACACCAAGCUUCCACUGGUGUAGUUAAUGAAGGUGGUGGUGAUCAGCCAACUGCGCCCUCUGCAGAGUCUCUCUUUGAGGGAGUUACACCUCUUGGCGACACUGCCCUUCAUGUGCUAGCAAAAUCUGCAUAUUCAUCGAGGGAAAACUUCCUAGACAGCGUGUUUGUGGUCUAUAAUAAGGCAAGACACUUGUUGGAUAAACCCAACAAGUUGGGUGACACGCCACUACACUGCGCUGCCCGGUCAGGUAGUGUUAAAAUGGUGUAUUGUCUACUGGAGUUGGCAAAAGGCGAGGGAGGUGACAUUGACAGAGUGAAGUCUUUUCUAAGAAAGCAGAACAUGCGUGGGGAGACGGCAUUGCAUAGUGCAAUCCGUCAGAGGAAAAUUGAUAUUGUGAUAUUGCUAUUGAUGGAGGAUUCACAGCUGGCUCGUAUUCCGAGUGAAGGGAUGUCACCACUGUACUUGGCUGUCAUGCUACAGGAAUUCUAUAUUGCAAUCAUACUGCAUGAUAAAGACAACCAACUAUCGUACUCUGGACCAGAUGGACAAAAUGUGCUUCAUGUAUCGGUCUUGAAGAGCAGAGGUACUCUACUUUGCCUUGAAGAAGGUUUUACUUUCAUGCAGUACUUUCUUUAA